UGAACAUGGGAUUUGAUGGAUCUGAACAGAAGAUGCUGGAGUCUAGUGUGGUUCUGCGCGUGACCCAGAUGCCUCUCAUCCAAUCGGCACUGCAGUCUCUGACCUCCGCCUACUCUCAGGUGAAGGGGCGUCACCCACUGCUGCAGAUCAUGGGGGGCGUGGCCGAGGUGGGCGUGGUCAGCGUGUCACAGGUGGCACUCAAACAGGCCACACCCCUGCUCACAAGCCUCCAGCCUCAAAUCAGAGCGGUGAGUUCUUUGGCUCUUCUGGGUUUGGACCGACUGGAGCAGAACUUCCCAAUCCUCCAACAGUCCACAGACCAAGUAUCCUCUCACCUGCGUGAUGCCCUGGCAAUAACCCUGGAUGACCUGCAACUGUGGGUGGUGGAGGGCGUGGACGUGGCGUUGGAGGGGGUGGAGCGAGGGGCCGAGCUUGUGUCGGAGCGGGGGCGGGCUCUACUCAGAGCACUGCAGGGGUCAAAGGUUGGGCAGGCUGCCUUCUCCGGCCUUGAUGACCUCCUGACCCGACUUGAGGAGGUCACUGCCUUCUACCUGCCCCUUCCCCCCACGCUACGCCUGCAGUGGGAGCAGAGGGUGCAGCAGUUUGAGGAAGAGGACGAGGAUGAACCUAGUGUUUGGACCCGAGUCCGAAGUCUGGUCCUGAUCCUGGUCCUUCAGAUCUACCACCGACUCCUGAAAACCCGAGACCAGCUGAGGAGGAGCCUGAGCAGACUCCAGAGCACCGCUGACGCUAUCGGUCUGAGCCCAGUUUUGGACCUGGUUGGAGACCUGCUGCACUCCCUUCAGAGCCUGGUGGUGGCGUUGUUGUACAGGGCAGAGGACCUGAGAGAGGGAGCCCUGGUUGAGAUUCGGAAUCGGGCCCUGGUCCUGGUCCAGUUUGGUCCAGUCCAGAGAGUCCUGGAGUUGCCUGAGCAGAUCCAGAACCUUGUGAGAGACCUUCAAGAACUCAGCAAACUCCUGCUACAGCUGCUGAUCAACGCCACCCCACUGUAUAACCUGAUCCAGCAGCCCUCAGAGCAGGAGGUGGAGGACUUUUUAAACCAACAUGACUUCACCUCAAACAGCUCAUCCCGACGCAGCUCUGCUAAUACUAAUGCUAACAGUCUGUUCUUAAAGGCAAUGGAUGGACGUCCACGCAGACGGCGUAGUCUGUAUUCUCUCUCGGCUCGUGGGACUCAGAGUCCGGAGCCCAGACGUCAAUCAGAUGAGCAGGAAGUCCCACCCACUGCCCUGGAAGUGCCCGCCCCUCGCCGCCCCUCCGCCACCGACCUCCUGCUUGCCCCCCUCAGGCAGUUUGUGUCACAGAGCCAGAAGGCCUUUGAGUAUCUGAGCCCCAAUGCUGACGAGAGCAUGCACGGAGAGGAGGAGGAGGAGUCAGACUGAGCCAAGAGCACCCACACAGAGAGCACCUAGAGAGGAGAGAGAGUACUAUCCCAUUACCCACAGAGAGAGAGAGAGAGAGAGAGAGGAGGAGGAGGAGUCAGACAGAUCCAAGAGCACCCACAAAGAGAGCAUAUAGAGAGUAGAGAGAGAGAGUACCACCCCAUCACCCACACAGAGAGAGACAGGAGGGGGAGGAGUCAGACUGAGCCAAGACCACUCACAAAGAGAGCACCCAGAGAGGAGAGGGAGAGACCCAGAGAGCACCCAAAGAGAGGUUAAGAGACCCAAUCCAUCCCCCCUACAGAGAGCACCAAGAAAUAGUGGGAUAGAGAGCACCCCCCAGAGUACCCCCCCAAACAGCACCCAGAGAGAAAGAGAAUCUCACGAAACUCAGAGAGAGAACCCAUUAAGAAAGACUGAGAGACAAGAGAGAGCACCCUGUCUCCAACAUGCUAAGACAGAGGGAGAGACCCACCCCAUCGCCCCUACAAAGAGCACCCAGAAAUAGAGAGUACCCACCCCAUCACCCCUAAAGAGAGCACCCAGAUAGAGAGAGCACCCACUUCAUCACCCCCUAAAGAGAGCAUUGAGAUAGAGAGAGCACCCACCCCAUAACCCCUAUGGAGAGCACCCAGAAAGAGAGAGCACCCACCUCAUCGCCCCUACAGAGACGACCCAGUAAGAGAGAGACAAAUUCGUUUAAAAGUCCUUGUCAUACUGCA